AGGCGGUUAGAGAAAUGGGAGGGACCCGACUGAUGUGAUGGGAGGAGCACUGGCUCCUACACGUAGGGAUUUUCCCUGUGACAUGGGGCACCUCGAGAUAAGUUCUGUGGGGGAUUCCCCAGCCCGUCUCCAGAAAUAUCACUCUCGAAGCAGUAGCAGUUUCACUCUGCUCUCACAGUCCAUCCUGUGAAGAGGCACAGUGCUGCUGCUCUCUAAUUUGAAGCAACAAAAGCCAUGCCUACAGCAGCCUACGCUCUGCUCAUCACCCUGUGCAAUGUGUGGUGCUUGGUCCAUGGGGCUGCUGUAGCUGGCCCAGAUGUUGCUGUGAGAUGUGCUGAAGAAGCGCUGCUGCCCUGUAAAGUUCUUCAGGACUCCUUGAUCACCUACCAGACAGUGUCUUGGUACAAAAUGGCUGGAGAUGGUGACGGAGUAGCAUGGAAAAUCCUUGAUGUGGAAUCUCAUUAUCCGAAAGGACUUGGAGGGUCCCUGGAGCUCACCAAUGACACCUUUUCGCUGAGGAUCAGAAACGCUACCAGCCAAAACAGUGGCACAUACAAAUGCACUUGGGGGGAACAGGGAGGAGAACACAAUCUAAGUGGCACCGUCACACUAAAAGUAACAGGUUGCCCUGGAAUAGAAGACGAAAAACUGAAAAAAUAUAAAGCUGAGCUUUUCAUGCUGACUUGCCUCGGGAUUUUUUACUUGCUGCUCAUCUUUUUUACCUGUACAUGCCUAAGAAAAGAGAGUAUGUCUCCCAGUUAUAAGAUCAGCAAAGAUGAGAAACACAUGCUCACCCUCAUCAACGUACAAGAAAUGAAAACUUUCCAGGUUUUAAACGGUGACAGCAUACGCAAAAACGGGGUUACUUCAAGCUCUGUCUAAGUUGAUGUUGUUGACGGCACCGUGGACUCAUCGGUAAAAUAUGACGUGAGAUGGGUAGCUGGGUGGUACGGAGAGGAGAGAAACAAUGACGUACGGCCUCUUCAGGACUGCCUGAUGGUACGGGUAACCCAUCAGUUAUGUGCUUGUGCUGGACAAGCCUUCAAAAAGCACUGGUAUGCACUACAGUAACUUUUGGUGCUAGGUGGCUAACAAAUGCCAUUACAGCUACUCAAUGGUAUCAUGAUGCUGUUAAAGAAGCUGGUAUCAACCUUUCUCACUCUGCCAUGCAGCCCUCUUGUUCUGAGCAAGAUGGACUACUCCUGUGAUAUGAGGACCAGGUUGUAGGGACACCAUGGCAGUGCAAAGCCUGGGUAUUAGGCCUGCCAGUGAACUAAUAGUCCUGCAAAGGCAAACACCACAGCUGCUGCAGUAUUUUCAGAAAAGCUAAGUGUGCAGGGCUUUCUCUGUUCCGCACUACGAGACUGAUCCUGGGAGGAGUUCCUUUACUGCAAAUGAGAUGCGACUUGUACGACAUUCAACUGUGGUGAAGAGGUAGCUUCGUGCUGUUGUCCUGAAUGAUUCAAAUCAACAUGCAUUUUUAAAUCUUGGAGUGACAGACAGGCUGAAGCAUAGGAAGGGAGAAAAUAUUCUAGGAAUCUUUUUGGACUGAGAGGAACUUUUUAUCUCUGCAAGAGCAGGGAUGCACUUGCAUAAUGGGUCCAUCAGUCGUUUCCUAGAGACAUCUCUAGAUAGGUUAAUCCAUAGGGAGCUUCAAGAAGACUGUUAACCUUAAGGAAACAAAAAUAAGAGGGACGCAGCAUGUGAUGUUCAGGAUACACAAAGACAACUUUGUGGUUUAUAAAAUAAGAAGCCAAAUACAUGAAAUGAAGCCUAUGUCAGUCAAAUUACACCAGUGGUGACCAAAUUCACGGCUUGGAGGAAAUCAACCAUGAGUAUCUUUGGGAUGAUUUGGGUCAGCCACGAGACGCAGGAAGAGAAGAUGGGGCAAAUGAACUCCAGAUUUUGGUACUGACAGUGUGUAGUUUAUGUGAAACAAGGCUAUGAGAGAAGCUGAACUCAGACACGCAAUAUAAGGGAGAGGAGACUUAAUCUUUUGGGCUGAGGAAGACGAGACAUUUUGGAGACUGAAAUCAAGUAACCCUACUUCCUGUGCUGCCAGUGCAGAAGGCCAAGCAAGAAGGAUUGAGAGUGACAGUGGGUGUUUAUGCCACCACAUGAGAAUUUGUGCCAAAACAUCAGAAUUUGCAGACACACGAGAACACAAUACCUUCUACAAAACAAACCAACCAAGAAAACAAAAACCCUUUGAAAGCUAAACUGCAGCUCUGGGAUUUUUUUUUUUAUUGCAGUUUGGAAUUCCUGGCUGUGACAAAGAGGCUCUUUCUAUAAUAUUUCAACUAAUUUUGAAGUGUUGAUAGGAGGAAAGCACUGUGCAUCACUAAGUAGCUUCUCUGUGGGAGGGGUAGAUGUGUCUACGUUGAUGGAGUCCAAGGAGCUCCUGACCAGAAGAAUGGUUACAAGGGAUAUGCAAUUUACUUAGGGCAUGGUGAAUUAAUGUCACAUUUGCUUUUUUAUAAUCAAUUUUUACAUAUAAAUGUGUGUAACGUACUUGAAAUAAAAAUUCAGAGGUAACCUACCAUUUGUUUUUUCUGUGCGCCACAUAUGGCAAAUAAUCCCAGCAAUACUCCGUAUCAAUUGCAUUUUAUUUUACAACCAACUUAAUUACAUCAAAUAAUGUAGACGCCUGAUCCAGCCUCUUCUGUGGGAGAUGGCAUGCAUGUGUGAAUAAUUGAUUAAGCAAUGGAUAAUUUUAUGCAUUUCUAAGGAAUUAAGAUCAUUUGAAUUUUCCUCAAAAUUUCACUUUCUUUCAAAAGUACAUUCAAAAACACCUGUCCCCUUCUGACAGGCAAGACAUUAGGACUGUGUUCACUUUUUGACAUGGGUCACCAUCAUGGAUGACCUGCACGUUUAGAUGGCAAUAAUACGAGCUGAAUUGUGGAUGUGUAAUAAUCCCCUAACUAAUGUAGGUAAUUCAUGAUUCUCCAUGUGGCCAGAAAUGUAUAAUGCCUGACAACCAGCUUUUUUACUCUUUUUUUUUUUUUUCUUUUUAUUUAUUUAUUUAUUUUUAGGACAGUGGACAAGGGGAAAGAAGAGGUAAUUCACUUGAAAGAGGCUGAUAAUAGUUGUUUCAGCAACAAAGGCUGAAACACUUUUAAAAUUAUUUCUACAGAUGUAUAAAUAGCAUCAGAUCAGAUAGGACUGAAUGAAAAAUGAGACUUUGUGUAAACAACUAUGCCCCCCCUCUUUUUAUUUUUUUUUUUCCUGAGCCAAACUGUCUGCAAUACAGAAGAUUGGGCCUGAGGCUAAACACUGGGAGUCAAAUUUCAGACUCAGAAGUUUCAGGCUGGUUGAUUCUGAAGAUUUGCUGUAGGCCCAGCUGUGCUGAAGAAGUGAUUAUGUUCAAGGCCACUUAAAUGUGUUAAAAGAGUUUAGAAAGAAUAAGCAGUGAUAAAGCCUUAUGCUUGACUGAAUCACAGAGCUGGAAAGAAACAGGCAGCUUCCUAAAGUGGUGAAGGUGCCUGGACAUCUGGGAUGUAGAGAAACUGUUAAUGAAUGUAAAUGAAACAAUGAAUGUAAAGAAACUAAUAAAACUAUUAAUAAUGAGAACCAGACACCUGAAAGAUAAAAGCUAGUAUAUUAGAGGGGCUUCAGCACUAACACACACACACACACAAGAACCCAAAUGCCAUGCCUUGGCUGACAGUCUUACAGAGUCAGCUACACAUUUCUCAGCAUUCUGUCUCAGAAGAGAUGUUCUUUUCCUUGUAAUGUGGACCUGUGAAGCUAAAUAGCCUAUUUCAAACUUACUGCCCCAGCUAGCCCAGCACACACGGGCAUGAGCACAUGCACAUAUUUUUCAGACUUUUAACACCCCAGUAUGGCACAUCUGUCUGUUGCACAAUCUAGAGGCUGUUUUGAUUAUACAAAAUAAUUGCUUUCUUGGACAGAAACAUUUGUUUUCUUCACCACCACUCUUCUUAUUGAUGCCUUUAGUUUUGUAGAUACUAUAUUAACAUACGUGCAUGCUAGAACCAUUCUUUGUACUACUUUCUUACAAUACUCUUUAGAUCAGGAAAAGAUCUUCAGUUGAUCUCAAUAAGCCCAUGAGG